AUGUCCAUCGGGAGCAGCGAAACGGCUAAGUCUGCCUCACGCGGCUUCAAGAAAGUAAAGAAAAGCGCGAUGUUGACUCUCAGGAUCGGCGAAUACGUCGUCAAGACGCAGGUGGUCGCGCCGGUCGUUACGAAGGUCGUUCAGGAAUGGAAGGGCUUCAACCGUUUCAGAGACCGCCACCAGGCGGAGCGUAGGAACAAGACCUUGGACUGGUUCGAGGAUCGCGUGGCAACCAUGAGAAGGGAAGAAGAAAACAUGAGGCAGCGAAAGCAGGAACAACGACGAACCAAGCGGCGCGCCCAACUCAAGCAAGAACGCUCCCGAACUCAGCGAGAGGACUUCCUGAACGAGACGCGAGCGGAGUUCAAGCACCAGGCCGAUCUGAGGCUGACGACUUCCCUCGAGAAGGAAAGAGUGCGGGACUACUUCCUCGACAACAACGACGGCUGGCAGAUGCAGGCGCUCACGAGACACGUGCAGGAGGACGAGGACCGCGAGCGGCAGCGAAAGCGGGACGCGGAGGCCGAGAAAGUCCGACAGGGGGACGCAAAUCGGCAAGCUGCUGCCGACGAGUACCUUGCCGAGUACGACCGGGGAGAGGUGAUAACCCAGGCCACGCUCCGGAUCAUGCGGCGGUCGGGCAUCGUCGCGGGGGUCAACGCACCCCCCGCCGAGAUCAAGGAAGAGCCUCUCGAGACGGACACGUACCUCCUCCUUCGGCUCAAACCACCGGCGCCCCCGCCCACUCCAGCGGCCGAAGAAAAAGUCGAGAUGAAGAAGGAGGUCAACAACAACAACAGCGGGAGGCGCCUCCCUCCUCCUCUGGGGAUUGGGGGAAUCCGACAGAGCAGCGGCACAGGCGGGUCGAAGCCACCGGCUUUUCCGGCAGCCGGAGAGAGGAACGGGCACCAUCAGAGGGCGGGCCGCCAGACAGCGGUGACGGAAAUGCCGGGAAAAAACUCCUCGAGGAGCGUACAACCAGUACAAUCCGUCGAGGCCACACCAAACAACGGCGCUGGCCCAACAGCAGGACCAGUAGCAGCGGAAGGACGGAAGCCAUCUCGAGGCGGCGGGAUCAGAGGAGGAGGCGGCCGCGCGGGAAACCACAACAGAGGGAAGAAGCGGAGCUCGCAGGCGUUCGAGGUCGACCUGCUGCGCUUCCGCGGUGUGGAAGAAAUGCGGGGAUGGAAGCUGGGAGCCCCCGGGGGGGAAAGCCUGGCCUCGGACCUUGCGAGCGGCGCCUGUCCGCGCCUGAGCGUUCUCCGCCUGGGCUGGUGCCUGCUCGGGGACCGCGGCGCCUGCGCUAUCGUCCGCGCCCUCUGCGGCGGCGGCGGCGCCUCCGCCGCCGGGCGGACGCUGCGGACGCUGGACCUGCGCGGCAACGCGGUGACGGCGGUCGGCCUGAGGGUGCUCGCGGGCCCCCUCGCCUUCGGUGGGCUCCCGGCGCUGCGGGCACUCGACCUGGGGUCCAACUCGCUGCGCGACGAGGGCGGGAAGGCGGUGGCGCACCGGCUGCUGGCCGGCGCGGGGACGUGGCGGCGUCUUACUCGGCUGGACCUGUCCGGGAACGGGAUGGGGAAUGGCGGGGUGGAGGCCGUGUUCAAGGCCGUCACGGCCCCCGGGGUGACGCUCGCCCCCGACGUCGAGUUCAUCAGCCUCCUGCUCGAUUAA